AUGAUCGUAAUCAUUUAUCUUAUUUGUUUGAAUUCAACAGCAUCAUUUGAAAUAGAAACUUUAGAUCCUUAAUACUAAAUAGUACAUCAAAUGGUGAAGAUUGAAGAUGAUGAUUUUUUACAAACCAAAUACUUUAAUUAUGGCAUUUGGUCUAAAUAUAAUCCUCUAAGUACAAUACCAUAGACAGGUUUAGUUGGAUUAUUUGAUAGUAAUUGUUAUCAACUUCAUCACAUUAUUGAUAAGAAGACGAAUGAAUUAAAUUUCAUAUAUUACGAUUGUUUAGAUUAUGAGGCAAAGACAAUAAAAAAGACAAUUAAGUUUGUUAAUAAUGAAGAUGAAUAAAAAAUAUAUGAAAUUGAAAUUGAUACAUUUGAAUAUGAAGACUUUUGGUAUUUUUUAGAAAUCAUUUCAUGGCCCUUAUAAAAACGAUUUGAAAUUCUGAUAAUAUCAUAAUAAAAAAUAAUAAUUCAUAGUAUUGAUUAAAUAAAAUACCCAUUCAAGGGAAUAGAUCUAUAAUUGACUUUUGGAAGUAGUUUGAUUGUAAGUAAAUCUAGAAUAGAAACAAUUUAAAAAGAUAAAAAAUUCUCAUAUUAUCCUGGAGCCAUAAUUAUAUAAAAAUAUAAAAUAUAAGAUGAACUAAAUAUUAUUGAUUGGUUUAUAUAUGUGAAAGAUAUAUUUAAAAGUUAUGAAUUAUGUUCGUGUUAACUAAAUUAAAAUGUAAAUAUCUAAGAUUAGAAUAUCAAUUAUUAACAAAAAGGAGAAUUUGUUUCAGAUAAUUUAAAUUGUGAUUCUUUUGUUUUAUCAGGAUGGUUUAAAAUAUAAGGAAUAAUUAAUGAAGAUAAUCAAUUUAUAUAUCCAUUUAUAAAAUUAUCAGCUAAUUUUGAAGAUUCUAGUUUAUCUAGUGAUAAUUUAUCCCCUUUUUUAAUUUAAUAUAAAAUAUCAGAUAUUCAGAAUUAAAUUAUUGUAACCACUUAUAGUUAUACUUUUCCAAAAGUUUCAAUUGAUUUUUUGGAUAAUCCCUUUUUAAUAGUGGAACCUAUUGAUAUUAAUCACAGUAUGUUAUUGUGGCAUAAAAUAUAAGUUAAAUUGAUUAAUAAUUAAAUAGAUAUUUAAAUUAAAUUUUAUGAUUAGUAAAUAGUUCAUGAAUAUAAAUAUUAAAGAGAGGUUCGUCAAUUUUAAUAAUUGUAAUUAAAAUUAUUAUAUGGAAAUAUUAACUAACUUAAAUCAAAUUACUUGCAUAUUUUAAUACGAAAUUUCUUAUUUUUUAAUUGUGAUCAAACUUUUUCUGAGAAGAACUGCCAUCCAAAUUGUUAAGAAUGUGAUGGCCCUACUAAUGAAGAUUGUCUGUCUUGUUCAGAAGAAUCCAAGAGAAUUUAUUUACCUGAGCAUAAAGUAUGUGUUUGCCCAUAUAAUACAAUUGAUGAUUAAAUUUGUAUUGGUUAAGAAGAAUCAAAUUUAGAAUUUAUUGAUGAACCUUUCAUAAAUACUGAGUGUAAAUAUGGUUAUUUUGAAAUAGAUAAUGAAUGUUACAAAUGGUAAUUUAUAUAUUAUAUUUUUAGUCCUUCUGUGAUUAGGAAAGAUUUAAUAAUUUGUUUAGAGUGCUUAUAAAAUCCUAAAUCUUUUAGUUAAAGCCCAUUUUGUGAAAAUGAUUUAUAUAUCAGUCAAUUAAAUUAAACUGAAACACUUAAAUGGAGUUAUCCUGAUUAAUUAUUAUUUGAUGGAAAUGAUUUUAGUGUAUUUGGGAUGAUGUAAGAGCAAAUAUAAGUUAUAAAUAAUAUAGAUUAUUUGUACUUCGACUUUUCAAUAAAAUAAAAAAUUUUAGGGCUAAUCUGCUAGGAAUAUGAAUAUUAAUGCGAACUAAAUCUUUAUGGGUGCUAAACAUACUAUAUAUCAAUUACUAAAGUAAAAUGUACAUCAUGUUUCAUUGGAGAGUCACUAGUAGAAGAUAAGUGUAUUCCAGAUGAUGUGUAUUAUAAAUCUUGCCAUACCCCUAAAUAUAUAACAUCUACUCAUGAAUGCAAAUUAUGCCCUAAAAAGCAUUGUAUUUAUUGUUUUGAAUACUAAAAAGAUGAAUAUUUCUUCAAAAGUACUUUGUAUAAAGAUUUUGAAAGUUUUAAUACUGACUAAAAAAUAAAUAUUGGUUGUGCAAUGUGUGAGGAAGGAUUCAUUUUUGACUUUUUGAUCGAAGAAUGUAUAAAAAAAUAACCAUAAAUUGAAACUUGUUUAAGAUCAUUUAUUAAUUUAGAAGGUAUUGAAAUUUGUACUUUAUCUUCUAAAACUGAUUUUAGUGUUGCACCUGAAAUAAUAAAUUGUUAGAAAUAUUAUUCUAAUUGUUAACAAUGUGUCCUUUCUCCUAAAUCAAAGUUAUAAUGUGUACUUUGUAAUGAAGGGUAUUUUAGUUCAGUAAUUACAGGAAAUUGUUAAGAAGAUAAACAUUCUACUAAAGUGAAAGAUGGUAUUCAUGUAAUUUAAGGAGACCAAUAUUAAAAUGAUGGAUAUAUUCAAUUAAUAUAAAGUUUUUAAAUGCAAUUUUUACCUGAUUAAUAUUAUUAUUCAUACACUCCAAGAUACUUUGAUUAGUUUAUAAUUAAAUGUAAGAAUGAAUAUUAAUUGACAUAAAGUUAAUUUUGUUAAAAAUAUUGUAGUAAUGAAUGUUUAAAUUGCUAAGAUAAUUAUGAUAAUUUUAUUUGUAUUAAAUGCCCUUUAAAUUACUACAAAAAUCACAUAAGAGUAGAAACUCAAGGUCGAUGUGUAAAUUGUUCUCAUUUAUGCUAAUAUUGUUAAGAUAGAGAUGAGAAUGAUAUUUAAGUAAUAUUUUAAUACUAUUAUAGGUUUUGCAACCAAACUUUUAACUUUAGGAAUCAAAUUCUUAAUUUACUAUGAUAUGUCUUAAACCAAUUGAUGAUCCUAAUGUAAUCAUCAAUCCAUAUUUAUAAAAUGUUAAAUACUGUUUUAACGAGAUAUGUUAUAAUCAUUUUUCAUUAUCCUAUUAAUUUAAAUACUGUAUGCUUAAUAGGUAUAAUCCAGAAGGAUAUGAGAAAGGAGUUAAUUUUUAAUACUGCAAUUUAGUAGGAGUAGAUUAAAUGACGAUAAAUUACAUCAUUUAAAUUGAUAAAGGAAUAGAUUGCUAAUUUUCGGUCCAACUUAUUUUAAGGAAUAGCUUAAAGAAUAAAAUCUUUUCACUAAAAAAGGUUAAUAUGAAUCUUUUUUCUGUACAUGAUAAUAUAUUAACUUCAUAAGAAAAAAUAAUCAUAACUAAUUAUGAUUAAGUAGAAAUCAAAAACAUUAAACUUACAUUAUUUGAUGGAUUUUUUUUUAAUAAUAAUAACAAUUAAGUUAAUAUCACAUUAAAAAAUUUUAAAUUAAUUUAAAGCAACUUUUCUGAUAUAAUAAUUCUUCCAACUUAAGUUUAUGGAAAUAUCAUUAUUUAGGAUGUGUAGAUUUUAGAUUCUAUUUUUUUAAAUUCAUCUUUUUUUGAAUUUUAGAACCAAUAAAUUUAAUUUACAUUGACAAUUAAACAAUUAACAUUCAAAAACUGUAUUUUAAAAAAUUCAACAUUAUUCAAAAUAACCUAAAUUCAAGCACUCUUAAUUUUUGAAAAUAUCCUUAUUGAAAAUUGCUCACUAUUUAAUUCUUCAUUUUUCUCAUUCUAUACAGAUUUGAACACGAUAAAUUCUAUCAGAUUUUUUGAUGUCUAAAUUAAUCAAUGUAAUUUUAAUCUUUCCUUUUUUCUCAAGAGUGAUACUAAAUUUAUUAUAAUGGUAAGUAAUCUCUUUAUUGAUAAUAACUAUUUAUUAAAUUCAGUAUUAAUCGCUUUUAAUGAUAAUAUUGAAUUGAUUAAUGUGAAAACAAGUUAGAAUACUCUUAUUGGCUCUUCAAUUAUAUCGACAUUAAUGAUUAUAAAUUAAUAAAGUGUUUUAUGUAAGAUAGAAGAUUUUGAAGAUAGUUCUAGUUCUUAUUAAGAAUCAAAUUUGAUAAUUUUUUAUUCUAGUCUUCAAAUCAAUAAUUUUAUUCUAAAUAUUAAAAAUAUUAAAGUUUCAGAAAAUAAAUUAUUAGAUACACUAAAUAUACAGAAUUAACUAUUUAAAUUACAUUGCAAAUAAUUUAUAAUUUAAAAUGGAAUAUUUUUAAAUCUUUAAAAUAUUUCUGUGUUUUAUCUUUUUGAAAUAAACUAGAUCAUUUUUGAUUCUGUAAUACUUGAAAAUUAUGAAUUAGAACAUAAAGUUCCUCUAUCUUAAUUUUGUACUGAUCAAGUAUAAUUUAGGAAUUAACUAUUACAAAUUAUAGGUUUUUCAUCAGUAUCAUUAUCAAACAUUAAAAUUUUAAAUCAAUUUAGUAUAAAUUAUUCAUUAAUGGAUAUAAGUUUUAGCACCUAAUUCAUUAUUGAAAAAUAAGGAUAAGUAAAAUUGAUGAAUGUAUAAUGUAGAGGGAAUAUUUUAUUAAAGAAUAAAUAAGCCAUUUCCUUAUCGUUAAUUAAUAUAUAUUCUCAAUAUAAUUUAAAUAUUAAACUAACUAAUUUUUAGUUUACUGAAAACAUAAUAAAUUAAUAAAUUGAUGAAACACUUGAUACUUAAACUAAUUUAUUACAUGUGAGUUCAUUAGACAGUUUGGUUGAAAUUCAUUCUUUAUAUUUUAAUCAAAAUGCUUUAACUAAUUCAACUAAUCCAUUUAUCACUAUUACUGCUACUUUGAUCGAAAUUUCUAAUUUAAUAUUCAUGAAUCAAAAUGUUUUAUCAUAAGCUUUAUGGUAAUAAUUUUAUAAUUUUGAAUUAGAGGAUUAAUAUAAUCAAUAAUAAAUUAACUCAAUUAUUUAAUCGACAUUUAAAAUGUUAAAUUAAGGAAUUUUUAUUGUAGCUUCCUCUUUUAGUUGUAUAGAUAGUGUAUUUAAAGAAAUUAUUGCUUCUUAGAGUUCUAUUUUUUAAAUCAAAACUUAAGGAUAAGGAAUAAUCAAAAUGAAUAACAUCUAAAUUGAUUCUGUUUAUACAAAUCUAAAAGAUAGUGGAAGUUCAGGUUGUAUUAGUAUAGACUCAACAAAUAGUCUAUUAAAUUUUGAGCUUAAACAAAUAAAAUUUACAAAAAUAUUUAAUAGAAUGGCUGCAUCAUUAUUUACGAUUAUUCCUUCAUCAAAAUCUAAUAUUAUUCGUUUAAAUAAUAUUGAAAUAAUAAAUUGCCUUUCCUUAAUGAAUACAAUUAUGUUUGUUUAAUUUUCAGCAUAAGUUAUGCAAUAAAGUUUAGUUAGUUUUAAAAAUGUAUCAAUUUAUUCAAGUGAAGAAUAUUGGAUUUAAUUAUUUUCUUUGAUAGGUCCAAUUACGCUAUCAGAAUUAAAUAACAUAUUAAGUGAAGAGAAUGCUAUGUUGUCCUUUGAAAAUUGUAAAAUAGAAAUAAUUAAUUUUUAUGUUGAAGGUAUCGCAAUCUCUCCAAUUUUUAAAUCUUAAAAUGCUUAUAAAUUAAAGUUAUUAGAUUUUUAACUAGUAUCUAUAUAAAAAUUAUAUUCUUUUGACCUUAUACACAUAACUUAAACUUUAAUAACUAAAUCAAGUAUAUCUGUUGAAAAACUAAAGAUAAUUAAGAGUAAUACAUACCAAAAAAAAUCUGAAGGAAUUCCUAUUUUUUCAGAUUUGAAUUAUAUAAUUGGAGGGUGUAAUUUAUGGAGGAAUACAUCAAUAAUAUAAAAAAUCAUUUUUACAGACAUUAUCAGCUCGAUAUAAUCUUUUAAUUAGAAGUUGAAUCAGAUGAUGUAUGUGAAAAGUAUUUCUGAAUUAAAUUAUCUAAUUUUUUAAGGGAUAGAGAUGAUUAAUAAUAAUGGAUCAGACUUUACAAAUGGAAUAAUCACUUUUGAAAUGGAAUAGUUUAAAAUAUUUAAAAUCUUUAAUGUUAUUUGCCAUUAGAAUAGUGUAAAAUCAAAUGGUUGCAUUUAUUUUUAGAUCUAAAAUUUUAUUAAUUAACCUAUAAUAAUCAAAGAUUCAUAUUUUUUUUAGAAUAAUGGAAGUUUAGGAGGCGCUGUAUAAAUUCAAAAUGUUAGAUUAAGGAUGACGAAUUGUAAAAUUAUAUCUAAUUAUGCAAGUAAAUCAGGUGGAGGAUUGUUUUUAUAACUAAAGGAUUCUGAUUUUUAAAUAGAAUCAACAAUAAUUACUAAUAAUUAGGCGUUAGAUGGAGGAGGUAUUUAUUUCAACUAGGAUGGAUCUAUAUUACAAUCUAAUUUUAUAAAAUCCUUUCUGUUAUUUAAUAAAGCCAUUUAAUUUGGAGAUAAUCUUAUUGAAUCUCCCAAUCAUUUAACAUUACUUAUCAACAAUAUGGAAAUGCACUCGAAAAAAUUGAACAUUAAUCAAAUAUUUAAUCGUCAUUUAGUGCUCAAACCCUAUAAAAUUAUAGAAUAAGGAAUUCCUUUUCUUACAUAGUAUUUUAUGAUCCCUAGUUAAUAAGUUAUUGAUUAGUAUUAAAUAUAUUCACCAUUCAAGAUUCAAUAUUUUUCAUAUAUCACAAAUUUUGGUGUGAUGCUGAAGAAUAGUUUAAAUGAAUAACUUCCCAAUAUUCUUAAUACUGAAUGCAUUCUUAUUAAUAAAACUAUUUAUGAAGAUAGUGAAGAUUAGGUGGGUGAGCAGAAAGAACAAAUAAUUUUACAAUUUGAUAUAGGAAAAGAUUACUAUGAUUUAGGUUCUCUUUCUUUUAUUUUUGAUCCCUAUAAUUAAGAAAGAAAAUUGUUAUAAAUUGAGAUUAGUUGUUAAUCAUCUUAUCUGUAACAUAGUUUGAAAUAUAUUAUGUUAGCAAAAAGCUUGAGAUGCCAACUUGGAGAAUUUUAUGUUAAUUCUGGAUGUUAAAUGUGUUCAUCAAAUUAAGGAUUUUACUCUGUUGUUUAUGAUGCAACUAAAUGUUCAAUAUUUGAUAAAACAAAAUUUAAAAAUAUAACUGAAAACAAUAUAGAUUUGAUUGAGGGUUUUUGGAGACCUAAUUAUUUAUCUGAUUAAAUAGAGGAAUGUUUUAAAAAUUUAAAUUUUUGUGUAGGCGGUUGGGGAUAAGGAAAUUAAAUAUGUGACUUAGGACAUAUUGGAGCAUUGUGUGAAGAAUGUGAUAUUUAUAAUAUAAGAGGAGAUGGAAAAUAUUUUAAAAAUCAAUAGGACUCAAAUUGUAUUUCUUGUUUUGGAGUUAAUGAUAGUAUUAUCCCUUUUAUAGCAGCUUCAAUUUGGUAAUUUUAUUUAAUAUUUAGGUCUUUUAUAUCAAUCAUUAUAACCUUAAGAAGUAUUGAAUAAUCUAAUCAAUUAUUCAAAUGUUUAAAAUUAUAAUAAAGGUUCAGCAAAAUUAUUUUUAAUCUAGAAUAAGGUAAAUAGAUUAUUUAUUUUAAGGGCACGAAAGUUUUUUAAUAAAAAUGUUAUUAAACUAUUUAUGGAUAUUCUCUGUUAUAUUUACAUUCAAUAUACAAUUUUAACUUUCACUCACUUUUGUUGAUUCGGCUAGUAAUACUUCAUAUUCUAUGACGAAUAAUUUGGAUUGUUAUUUAUCAGAAAAUCUAUCCAUAAAAUUGAUUUAUUCAAAAAUAAUUACAAUGCUUGUACUAAUGACAUUCUAAUUUAUACUUAUAAUUAUGGGAUUUCUCAUAUAUAAUUGGUAUAAAAAGAUUGGAAUGAGUAAUUUUAACUUGGAAACAAUCUCUAAUAGUCUACUCUACCUUUAUGUUUCUAAUUAUGGUGGAUUGGUCAAAAUGUAAUAAAAAACUUAAACUUUUUUAGGUAUUUCUCUAUUGUUUCAAAAAGAGAUGUUUCAAGUUAGAGUUACAUUUAAGGUGAUGUUUCUCUACUUUUUGGAUCUAAAGAACAUUUAAUUUGGAUUUUUUCUUUUGUUAUUCCAGGAAUAGGAGUUUUUAGUUUGAUUAUACCUCUUUCCCUUUUUAUUGUAAUGCACAUUAAAAAAGAUUAACAUGAUAACAUUAAAAUAAGAAAACAUUUUUGCUAUUUAAUUAAUGAAUACAAUAACCAAAAUUAUUUUUGGGAAGUAAUAAAGUUAAUUAAAAAAACAAUCAUUAUUCUAAUAUUAACAUAUUUUGAAACAUAUAUUCUUUUAAAAGCAUCAUUGUUAGGAUUAUGCUUACUUUUUUAUUAGUUAUUAGCAUUUAACAAGAAACCAUAUAUUCUUUCCAAUUUCAAUAACAUGGAUUUAUAUUCAGCUCAAAUGUGCUCUAUUUCAAUAUUCCUUGCUGCUUCUAAAUAUGUAUCAGAACAAGAAAACAAUUAAUUUUCAUCAAUAAUCCUCUAGAUUUUUAUUGUUCUUCUUUGUAUUAAACUUUGCUAUUCAUUUAUUAAAAGCAUAUUAGAAGUUUACGUUAAUAAGUACUCUAAUUUAAUAUUAAACUAUUUGUAUAUAAUUUUGGAAAAGAUUUCAUCAGAUUCAAUAUUUACAAAAAAAUUAAAAACCCAUUUAUAAAAAUCAAGUUAAAGAAAUAGGAGAUUGAAAAAUUUAGUAAAUAAACUUAGAUAACAUCUGUUGAAGAUUUCUAAAGGCCAAAUUCAAUAUCAAAAAAAAAUUAUAAACUCUUAGAGCAAUAAAACUUAAUUUUCAGGGCCUGAUCAAAAAUACUUCUUAAACAUAGAUACUGAGUGA